UGCUGGCUGGCUGAUAAAGCGAAGCAAAUACGGGUACUUCGGGGAAAAUGUGCGUUCUUGAAUGAUUGUGACCAUGGCCAAACACAGAAAGCAGCAAAACCACAACGGCAUCUUUGAUUUGGGGCCCUUCUAUCAGUGCUAUCAGAGAGAAAGCACCACACACAAAGACGUACCGUACCGUACCGUACCGUAGCUGUCUGUACCGUACAUAAGAUAAGCCAAGAUGGACUCGUUUGAGUUGUUUGCGAGCGAUGCCUUUGCUGACACAGGCGCCCCCAGCGCCAUUCCAACGAGCCUCAACAACUUGACGGGCAAUGUUACUUCUUCAUCAACUAAUGCUGGGAACAGCAACACCAAUACUUCGUCUCGCAAACGAUCACGAGCCGGUUCACCCACUCCUGCUAGUCGUCCCGUCAAAGUGGUGGCAAACCCUACUGUAACAACAGCCACAGCAGGCGACAAGAGUCAAACCCUGGCAGCUCGAUUGUUGGAUCCGGUCAAGCGCAAUGGCGCCUUGAACGAACUGUUGAUGCAAUCCGCCACCAAUUAUGUUCUCGAUGGAGAAGCCAUUGUAAAAUCAUUGGUGGCUGUGGCAUUUGACUGUCUCGAUUGGGAGAAUGAUGACAAUGACAACAACAACAAUAGUAAUAAACAUCGACAACCAACCUUUCUACCCGACAAGGCAUGGACGGAUCAUUCCUCUGCCGAAGCCAAAACCUGGGCCACUCAUUGUCUGGAUCGAUUCUCACACAGAGAAUACCUCAUGGAGCUGGACAAUGUCCGAUGCAUUGAAGCGGUCUUGAUCAUCAUUCGCAACCUCUCCUUUGCGGCUCAAAAUGCUCGCUUGCUGGCUUUUUCGCCCAAUGUCUUGGCCAUUUUGACGGGAUCACUCUACGAAGGAACCUUUGCCAGUUCACCAUCCAGUGGAGAAGACCCAAACAACCCAAACAUGGCACCUCCCAAUCAACUUCCAUUGGCAUUGCCAGCAUUACACGCGCUGCAGAAUCUGGCACCGCAUCUAGAUCCAGAAGGACAAAAACUGUUUUGUGACAAACUAUUCCUCACACAAAAGGGAGACGAAGGGCCUCUCGUGCCAGAUCCGGCCACGUUCGGACAAGCCGCAGACUCGGUGUGGGGAUUUGGAUCGCUUUGGCUGGCGAAACGACUCGAUACCAAGGAAGACGUCUUGACGGAUGUCCCUGGACCCAUUUUGUUGGAUCUUACCAAUGCCGCUGGAUACAUUGUCGGUGUCUGGUCCAUUUUCCCGGCACUCUACUUUAUCUUUACGGAUCCAAGAACACCCCGCAGCGUGUUGAUUCAAGCGCUCGAUUUACUGCAAGAAUUCGUCAAUCAAGCUAGAGUCGGUGUCGUGGGAUCCGUGGAAGAUGAUGUGUCCAAGGACAAGAUUCCAACGGCCAGAGCCAUUCUGGUCAAUUUGCCCGAUCGAGUGUUGGACCGGUUGAUUGAUAUGCUAUAUGUCCCACGUCUUGGACCGGAUAGUUUGGCCUAUGAAGAUCCUACCGUGAAUAUCGUCACUCGGGUCACAUACCUCAGCUUGAUGGUGGGAUAUGAACGAACCGUCGACACGGAUGUUCGCGAUCGGUCCCUCGAUGUCUUGUUGCCUCUGUUGGAGAUUGAUUCGCCACGCAUGGCGAACCGGUUGGCAGUCAAACCAAAUGGAAUGGUUCGCACCCGACUGUUUGAUGCAUUGGUGCCUUGUCUCGCUGGGCAAGUGGGGCGCAGUGAAUCUUCCAUGUUGGCAUCGCAAGUGUUGAAGGAAUUGGCCAAAGCCGGUGGCCCGUGUCGAUUGGGACUGGCGUAUAUCCGGCAUCGCCUCGUGGGAAUGGCAUCGAAAGAUGCAAGAAUAUCGCAGUUGGUCUUUGCACAUCUCUAUCCAACUCAGGCGGAUGAUAGCGACAGUGAGGAAUCGGAGGAAGAAGAAGACAAUAUCUAAAAACACAGCUAGCUACUGUACAUGUAGUGAGUCCUGGUGGCAGCAAGCAAUGAUGCAAUCCUAUCUACCGGUAGCUACUAGUACUAGUGCACAAAGUUUUUGUUUUC